ACAAAAUCUAGAAAAACUGUUUAAACGAAAACCAUUACGUGGAUCAUAGAGACUGUCCAGCAAUAAGAGUUUUAUAGCUAGAAAGGGAUAAUUUUGUUUUAUUUCAAUUUUCAUGUUAACAUGGACGCGUUAAAAAACAUUGCACGCGGCAUGAUGUACUUUGAACGGCUGCAUGUGACGUUUGCGGCGCUGCUGCUGGUCACCAUGGUACCGGUCGCUGGAGGCAAUGUGUUCAUCGACGCCUACAACCAGGCUACAAAUACUCUCGUCAAUGAUGACACAAGUGUCGACACAUUGUACGACAACCGGGCGGACUUCUUUAUGCAGGCGGUCCACGAAAACGGACCGGCAUCGUCGACAAUCGCAAACAACGCCAACCUCGUAAACCUGCUCGCCAUCCUCCUUAACGUACCAACGGUCGGGGAUCUGAUGGAGUAUGACAAUUUCCAAACCCAACUGGAGACCGUCGAAGCUAGGAUUAACGGCAUCUGUCCCCUCAAGGACAUUACAGCUUUCGAGGAGUGUACCGAGUCGGACAGUGAGAGCCUCUGGCGACCCAUAACCGGCAUCUGUAACAACCUCCAACACCCGCGCUGGGGGACGCCAAAAAUAGCCCAACUUAGACUGGCACCCGCAUUCUGGGAAAACAUUGGGUUGGUGGUGUUCGACCCCUUGCCCGUUCACCUGACCCCUGUGGACUCCCGGGGUGUCCAGCUGGUACCCAACCUUCCACUCAUCUUUAACCUAAAGGGAACCAGCACAUUCACAAUCGCAGUGACGAACCCGGCCACGACAGAACCAGUCUGUGAGAGAAUAGAUGUGCGGAGAGAAAGGGAGGGCGAUGUCGACGGCAUUAUCAUUAGUGCCAUCCCCAGCAACAAUGGGUGCGUUGCGGAGUUUGAUGGGAAUCACUACAUCGCCAGUGGGCAAAAUUGUAGAAGGGUCGAAAUAUGUUACCAGCGAUUAUAUGUUGUGAUUGUGUUAGAUCCACAAGCUGGUGGAGAAAGUUCAUUGACGGUUGGUGACAACGUUGUGGACAGAUAUGAAAGUCCUGAGCAAAUGUUUGAUGCCACAGAUCUUCACACGUUCUGGAUUCGCAUUAAUAACGAUCGACUUCAGGUUGGUGCGGGUAGCGAGUGUGACGAGCGAACGGUGAUACUUGACGGCAGGACAGACCCCAGUCUUUCACUAGAGGUUCUAAAUACCAGGCAUGCAAUUUCACUUUCCGCCAGUCAGGCCGACUCUCUCACCGCUCAGUUUCCAGUCUAUGACCGAAUCAUCCUUGAGACGGAACCAGGGCGGCCCCAGUCGCUCGCCAGCCUCCCCUUCCUGUUUGAGAGUCUCGUUGUCAGGUUUGGCCUACGAACCCCAGGAGCCGCCAAUAAUCUUGAAAACAAGCAUGCGAUCGAUUUUGAAAACACGGAUACAGACGAGAAAUUGACGUUGACGUUCCGUGCGGUCCGUGACGGUAAUAAAAUCAAUGUUGGGGAGGUGGUAAUCAACUUCCGGCGCGGACAGGAAGCUCCAAAGGAGAUGACGGUGGAGCAGACGGUAGAAGUGACGCACGUGGACUUUGUUGACGGCAAUGGACAAACAAAUACAGACUUCUCGGCUUUCUGGGUAUCCGCCAUCAGUAAUCGUGUGUACGCCGGAGUCGGAAAUGAGGUUGGAAAGGAGGCGAUGAUUGAGCUAUUCUCGAUACCGGAAUGGACGGAUUUCUUCCAGCCGAAUGACGUCAUUGUCCGUUCCAUGGACGGUGGCGUGUCGAAUCCCAAGCAAGCACAGUGGAUGUUUGAUCUGAAACAGUGGGCAACGCCGCGUAAGACGUCAUUUACAGGACGGCCCCUACCGACAGCGCGUGACGUCAGCCUUGCGGUCCACACGAACAUUGGGGCUUACAUCGAGUGGAGUGCCGAGCUUACUAUGGCUGUCAUGCAGAUGGGGCAGUUCGUAGACCAUGACCUUAUUGCCACGCCCGGUGAGACAGGAGAGUCCGGUCAUAUCAGUUGCAGCUGCGUGAAUGGUUCCUACAUUGACACGAAAGAAACAGAGAGCCGAUUCUGUUUCAAUAUCGACAUCACGGAAAAGACGGACCCGCGUGGAAAACAGGGCGAGUUCUCCUCGGAUGAUUUCGAUUGUUUUCCGUUCAUCCGUUCGGCCGCAACCCUCGAAUGCAAUGCAGAUAACACGCUUGCCGACCUCCGUAACCGCGAACAGCUGAACCUGCUGACGGCGUACGUGGAUGGCUCCAACAUCUAUGGCUCCGAGCAGACUGAGGCAGACGAACUUCGCGUUCAUGACGGGCACUUGCGAGGUUUUUUAGCGACGAGUGAUGGCCCGAUCCACGCGGAGUUGCCGGUCGCGACCACGGCCGGGGAGGGGGAGGAAGCCUGUAACAAUGAUGGAGAUGAUAGCUUCCCUUGCCACCUAGCGGGUGACUUUCGCGUGGACGAGCAGCCCGGCCUAGCGAGCAUGCACACCCUUUGGGUCCGCGAACACAACCGCGUCGCCGCGGGGCUCGUGCAAAAUAAUGGAUACCAGGAUGACACGGUGGCGUCCAGUAACGAGCUCUACCAUGCCACACGGCGCAUCGUCAUUGCCGAAUACCAGAAUAUCGUAUACGACGGAUAUCUUCGCUCAUUCAUGGACGCGAAAAUCUUCGAUGAUUUUAAACUGAAUUCCUGCACGGAUGGGUCUUGUUCCUACGACGACUCCCUUAACCCGUCCAUCACCAAUGAGUGGGGCAUAGCUAACAGGAUGGGUCAUACGUGGAUCAACAACCACAUGGUUGGGGAAGAGGCGGCGACUACCCCUGGCUGGGAGCUGAAGGACAACUUCUUCAAGCCUACACACCUCCAUACAGAAGGCUCAGACGUCUUCAUUAAGAACCUAUAUACGGCCAGGUGUCCCGAGUCCGACAAGUUCAUAGAAACUGAUGUCACCGAAAACCUGUUCCGGAGCGAUGCGAGGAACGCCUUCGACCUGGCGUCCCUAAACAUCCAGCGCGGGCGUGACCAUGGCGUCUCAUACUGCGCCACACGGAAGGCGCUCGGACUCAAAGUGCCGGCGACAUUCCAGGAAGCGGAGACCAUGCAACUCUUCUCAACAGAGACGAUCGCUCUCCUGGAAAAUAUUUACGACUGCAUUUGCGACAUCGACCUGUUUACGGCAAUAGUUGCGGAACGCCCGUUGCGCACCAGGACCAACCUCCCCGAUCGUUCUGAAUCCCCGAUCGCUGAAACGCUCAACUAUAUCCAGGCGGACAUGUACAAGAAACAAAAACUCGGAGACCGGUUCUGGUUUGAGUUUGAACGAGCUGGCUUCAAUAACGAUCAAAAGAGGGCGAUAGGGAAGGUAACCCUGUCAACCAUAAUCUGUGAUAAUGUGCUUACAAAUGGCGACGAUAUUCAGCCUGACGCCUUCAUUGUUGCGGGGACAGGAAAUGAGAAAGUAAAAUGCAACGCGAUACCAAAACUCGACCUUGGCCUUUUCCGGAAGGAACCAGUUACAGAACCACCUGUAGAACCCACAACACGACGUCCGCCAGCACCCCCGGCAGGACCCCCGGCAGGAGCCCCUCCACGACCCCCUCCACCACCCCGAACUCUGAAUAGCGCAUUACCCGACAACACCGCGGACGAAGCGACGGACGAGCGGGAACUGGAGGGUGAGAUAGAUCACCUGUUGGAUCUGCUAGCUCGCAUGGAGAAGAAAGAAGGACAUGGCGAAAAAUAGACAAAUCUGUUUCAUUAUUUUUAUUAUGUAUGCAAAAAAUCUUAUACUAUUGAACAAAAUAAUAAAGUUAUUAAUUUUUAAUUAACAUGUAUGAAUCCACAAUUGUUAUUGCCUGUGUUUAAGGUUUAUAUUGUGAUACGAGAUGACUUGUACAAGUUAAACCAAUGUUAUACAGUCGAACCCCGUUGGCUCGAAGUCCCAGAGACCGGCGAAAAUACCUCGAGCCUCUGCAAAUUCGAGCCAAGCGGGAAUGCUUACAUUCAAUAUUAAGAAAUCGGCCCUUUACAUACAGUUCGAGCCAACUAGGAAUUCGAGCCAAGCGAAUUCGAGCCAACGGGUUUCGACUGUAUGUAAUUGCUGGUUCAGUAUCCUAAUCCGGACAGUUUUGAAGGUUGUUUUUUUUAAGUUUUUUUUUACAAUAAUCUUUAAGAAUUGUAUUCGAAUUGAUUUCCAAAUAAGUUAAAAAUAAAAAGUGAUUUUUGAAUGACUGAUAAAUAUCCUAAAUUUAGGUCAAUAUCACUGAAAGACCUCAACGAUGCGCAUGCGCAAUGUGACAUUUAGCUGGUUAGAACAAUAAUAUGGGGUGUGUUAGGAACAAUACAAAAGUUCGAAAAUGUGAUAGCAAAUUUCUUGAUAUUUUAUCGAUAUCAGUAACAGUGUGUGUAUUCCACGUGAUAAAUUAAAGGGCAGUCUAUGCCGCUGAAAGAGCCCCGCCUUAGUUUGAUACAGUGAUUUGUUUCAUCAAAGAAAUCUGUUUCCAAAAUAAUGUUUUGCCAGUGCCGUUUUGUGAAAAGUUUUGUCGAAGUGUUUUAAGAAACUAAACUCUCAAUUAAACUCUGGUAAAGGCCGAAGGCGGGGCUCCGUAAGAGGCGUAGUCUGCGCAAUGUUUCAUAUAAAAUGGUGAAAAAAUAGUGAAUUUAUCUUUGUUUAAAGUCUUCAUUCGAAGCAUAAUAUUGCCCUCCGACGUAGCAAUUAUGACGCAAUUUAUCACGUUGUAUACACACACUGGGUAAACAAACACGUGUUUUAAAACGUGUCCGGAAUUUGGGUUCUGUUCGGAUUUGGGAACUCAACCAGUGUUGUUCAUAUUUUAUCUGUUGAAGGAGAAACGCAAAAGUUUAUUGUUAACAAGCGUUUAUUUUAUCCGUGUUUGGUAAAACAAUAAAUAUGUUACUUAUA